CCGACAUGGACGAUCUGCCAAUCUUCACCUGGGACACUACCGCCGAUAAAGUUGCUGACACGUUCGCCGAACAAAUCAUGGGAAAGAACGUCCUGAUCACGGGAACAUCGUUGAAUGGAAUUGGAUUCGACACCGCCAAGUCUAUCGCCAAAUACGCCAAUACGGUAAUUGUCUCUGGAUACGAUAGUCAGAGGCUGCGACAGACGGUUGACGCGCUCGAUGGGGACUUGACGAGCGCAAUCAUUCGACCCCUCCACUUGGACCUGACCUCGUUUGUCAGCGUUCGUCGAGCAGCAGCGGAGGUCGCGGGCUGCGUCGACCGCUUACACGUCCUCAUCCACAACGCUGCCGCCGCCGUGACAGUGCGGCCCAACCUCACCGAAGACGGAUUCGAAACCCAGCUCCAAGUCGGAUUCCUCAGCCCGUUCCUGCUCACGGCCCUGCUCAAGCCCCAACUCCUCGCAGCUCGAACGCAAUCGUUCACCCCGCGUGUCGUCGUGGUUUCGAGUCGCGGGCAUUUUCCACGUUCCCCCGAUACCCCUCCAGUCGACUUGCCCGCCGUUCGAAAUCCAGAUCCAGUGCGGUACCGGGGCUUGGACGCCUAUCGACAGGUGAAAGCUGCAGGAAUUAUAUUCGCGCGCGAGAUGGCUCGGCGUUGGGGGAGUAGUAUACAUGCUUUCAGCGUACAUCCAGGGGGUGCGCAAAUCCUUGAUGUUGGUUGCCUCCUAGCUUACAGAUCGAUUGCAGCGAUUUUCACGAACAUGAUGCUGAAAGAAGAUUCUCUGGCAGUCUUGGAGGGCAUCAUGCUCCGUCCGGACGGAUCCCCUCGGCUCAAUAUCUCGGUUCCGUGGAAGGAUCUCCAGCAGGGCGCGUCAACGUGA